CAUUAUUUGCGUGAAUCCCCGAAAAUGCGUUUCGUUUUCAAGCAAAGACAAUGUGAGCGUUGCCAUUCGUGUAAAAAAGUAAAUAACUACCGAUGACGUAAUCCUCAUCUAGACUCCCCUACCUCCCAUGUCAUCCAAAAUAAGCAAAGCAAAGACCCCUUAGUGCUAACGUAAUACUUGAACGGCGCCAUAAAAAGGCAAACCUGACCGCAAAGGGUUCAUUUAGACAGUAAUAAUUUAUAAGGAUCCAAGAGUGGCGGUAUGACCGUAGCAAAGUGAUAAGCUGAGUAUGUAUUUAAAAUACUUAUUAUCAUAACCACCUACAAACUCCGACGUAUAAAGGAUUAGUAAUUUAGCGAAUAUGUUUACAAAUUGUGUAAACAGACGAAGGCGCCGAUGUAGAUCGGGAGAAUUUUGCUCUCCUAAAAAUAGUUGAAGUUUGCUUUUCGAACGAACGAGAUUGAACAGGUAUACACCUUCGAAAGUAUAUAACAUGACAAAGUUUAUGCUGAUAUUUGUCUUAAUGCACUUGACCUCGGGGUCUGCGUAUAGGUUUGUCUGUGUUGAUGAGAAAAAUAAUAUUAAAAGGAAGGAGUUGUGUGAUGAAGGUGGACUGCUUAAGUACACAAACAAUGUGAUUGAUAUUCCUGCUGGUGGACCAAAAUUCCCAUAUGUAGGAAGACCUUUAGGAAUAAAUACCAUCACAAAUGUGAUUGAUUUAUCAAAAGGUAGACGAAAAAGACCAAAGUAUCCAAAUAAAAUAUCACAGCCUGCAGGAUUACCUCCUAUCACUUUGAGAGGUCCGGAUGAUGAAUUUGAUUCAGGUUUUCCCAUUUAUCCGAAAUAUAAGGUGGAUAAAAUCGACCAAGUUUCAGAUAAAAAAUGCACAAGAAGCAAAAUAAAAUUUUUCUCAUUGGAAAAGAGACAGGCUACCUGCAAGCCCAGAGACGCUAUAUUUGAAUUGGUAGAUGGUGAAAACAUGGUGUCACCAAGAUAUGUUGUGUUGAAACGGUGCCAAGGAAUGUGCAAGAAUAGAUCCUGCAGUGCUAUCCACACUGCGAAUAGAAUCAUAUUUGUAACUGUCAAAACAUUGGACGGCAGGCAACUGUGCAAACAUGUACGGGUACAUGAUGAUGAAGCCUGUGGUUGUUCGUGCUUUAAAACAUGCAGUGAUAAUAAGAAACUGGAUGAAGCAUUGUGCAAAUGCUUAUGCUCUGACAAAAUGAAUCUGAUUAGUCAAUGUUUACUGAAGAAUGCAACAAGUGGUAGGCAUCUGUGGAACUCCAAUGACUGUAGAUGCCAUUGUAUUGAAGAGUCAAUAUGCUCAACAGGAUCAGAAUGGAAUCAUGACAAAUGCGCUUGUAUCAAAAGUGGGAAAUAAAACAAGUCAGUAGUCUCUAUUAUUCAACUGAAAAUGGCGUACUAUGCACCACUGUGAAGGUGGAAUUCUGUAGUCAUACUUCAAAUGAAACUUUAUGCAAUGUUUUUGUCGAAUUCACUAACUGAGAGAUAGCUAACGCGAGCAGCCAAAUUUGGCCAAUACAUUCUUCAAGUGGAUGUUGCCUUGGAAGGUUCGCAAAUUAACGAAUUCGGCCUUCACAAUGACGAUGCCCUCAGCAUCAUGAAAAUAAGUUAAAAUCUCUACAUCUUUCUCAAGAUAUUUUGUCUGAAAUGGUUUAUUCUAUAGCACGGGGUUUUUAUUCGUGAUGCGACUAUAGGUUCUAUUGAAUGAUGGCUGGAUUUGGUUCCUGUCUGCAAAAACUUCUUUAUCAGGAAAAUAGAGCCAACUGAAGUUUACACAUUUUUUCAUAGCAUCUCUAUUCAGUGAAUACAGUUUUUACUGGAUUUGACAACUAUGCAAGAGCAAUCUAGUUGUGUGGAAACGUGCUGCGUAGUAAAGAUCCCUCCGCACAACUAUCAAAGCGACCACAAAAAAGAAUUGAAAAUAGCAUAUAGGAUCAUCCUUUUCAAAUGUGGUGGAAUAAAAGCACUUAUCAAGUAAAAACAGGUAUAUUUAUAGAUCUUAUGCACAUUGUUUAAAAAGUACAACAAUCAAAAAUACCAUAAAAUGUGUACGAAUUGCUUGAGGUAGUGUUGCAAUUAGUAAAUUCGUAUAGCAAUAUUAACUUAAUAAAACUUUUAAUCCAACAACAAUAUAUACUGUCCUCAUCAAUAUCUGUUAUAACUGCUAAACAAUGUUCAAGCUAACAUGUAGAGGCUAGUCAUUAGUUAUGAUGGAUACCUAUAUGACGUACAGAAUUACCUUUUUUCUUGUUGUUGAUAGUAGGUGCUCUGACUUGGUGAAAGAAACUAAAACACCCUGAAACUUGUACACUAAAGUGUUGAUCGUGAUACAGAAUUCCGUCAACAUUUGCAUAGAAUAUAAGUUGAUUCAUAGCUACUACAUCUGAAACUCAAACAUCGCAUAGGCACUUCACUCAUUUGAACUCUCAAAAGGCCAUAAUAAUGUGAAAAACUCUCUGAAAAACUAAUUGAUGUUAUUCUUUAUAUUACAAUUCUGCAAUCAUUCAAUCACUAUAAUAUGAUAUCUAUACAAACAAGACAUAUCGAUUAGUUUGACACAGAGUUCCUUGUUAGGCAACUUUCUUCUUUCUGUACAAUGUAGAGAUUGUGUAUUUACAUAAAUCUGCAAAUGAAACUUGCAACACUGCUUUGCUGAAGUAUACGUACAUAUACAACAUAUACAUUUAUUAUUCACAUAUUUCAGAGAAAUUUUGUUUCCACAUGAUGUGUUUGUAUUAGUUAGACAAAAAGAUGGACAGCUCUGUAUAGGAAUAUAGUUUUUGUGUAACUGUGACCAUCGAAAAUGAUGGUCACUGAAUUCGAAAAACAUCAAUAUACUGAUUUGUUUCAUAUUAUUCAGCAAUAUUCCUCACUUCUAAAAAUGAUGAAAUUUCAGUCUUGUGGAGGUUGCACUUUGUUGAAGAAUAAUCGUUUAUGAAUGUUGAUGUAAACAUCUAAAAUAUUCUCACAAAAAACCAUCCAUUUACAGUUAAUAGUGGGGUUGUUCCAUAUCACAGGAUAUACUUUGAAGAUGUAAAUGUGUAUCAUAGGAAUAAUUUGUCAUAAAUUAACAUAUGGAAAAUCGGUAACUGAUUGAAAACUGUUAUUUUGCCUUUCAGUAUUCAUAAAGGCGCGAUUCCACCAAUGUGCGAGACGAAGUGUUCUAGAGUGCGCGUAUUCACAUAAGCAGUGGAGUCACGACAGCGAACAUUUACUCACUGUUGAUGCACUUACUUCUGCUGCCGAAUUGAAAACACUAGUUUGUGUAUCGACUGGAUGAUUGAUAAAAUUUUCUUGUUUAUAUAAAUGUGGAAGCUUAUCCCAGCCAUGGCGACCGUAAACAGGAAUCAAAAGCUUGUUUGCUCCCAAGAAUUAGUUGUUAGCGCAAAGUAAAUACGGUUUCUUAUCCGUCGAUAUUUAAUAAUACUGCUUUCAUUCGUCUAACCAACCCAACCAACCGUGUAUAGCGCUUAUUGGCAUCUGGCGGCCACAGUGAUAACUCACCUGACAACGCGAAUUUACAGUUUCAAGAGACAGCUGCUAUUAACUCUCGUAGUGAGUGGGGAGCGGUGGGCCUAGCAGAAGAAACCAAUCUUCUCCGAGAGCCAGGCUGCAAUGAAGGCACUAAGUGCCUGUCAGAUUACGUCGAGCAUUGUAUUGCAAUGCAGCGAGGCUCUGGAUUGUCUAGCAGCGAGGCAUCCAGUAUCGUUAGUGUGGGUACCGGGGCACGCUGGGAUAAAAGGCAAUGAGACAGCGGACGCUCUGGUGAAGACAGGAUCAGCCGACAAGCUUGUUGGUCCUCAGCCAGCUUUAGGUGUGCCCGCACAAAGAGUUAGGGAGAAAAUGGUGAAGUGGAUUGCAAGACAACGGUUGCUGGUGGGAUUGUUGUCUGACCAUAAUACGUGAAGGCGCCACCUGCACGUGAUGGGGGUGGCUGACGAUCCCGUGUGAGCGCUGCGGGGCAGAGGAAGAGACCUCGGUGCACGUUCUGUGUCGCUGUGAAGCUCUUAGCAGGCAGUCUAUACUGGGGUCCACCACUUUGAACCGCUAGGACGUUGAAGAGCUUGGACUCAAAGCCAUCCUCAAUUUCGCUAUAAUGGCGAGGGUUGAAGUCUAAGGAAUGUAGAAGUGCACAAGGGCCCGUCGAAGUGCCCUAUGCGCUGGCUCCUUAUGCUGGCCAGUAUGCCUCCAAUUUCAUGAUUCAUUCAUUCAUUCAUUCAACUCGCGUUGAUGUUACUUGCCCUGUUGUAUUUUGUUCGAAAAGCACAGCUUGUCGGCGGACAAAGGGAAUCAACGUAUUUGCAACACAGCUACUGGAUUUUUGCGCAAAAAAUUAUCCACAUACGAUUUUGGUGGACUCUUACCUUAUGAAUAAUUACGUAUAAUGGGCAUGCAGUGUUCCAAAAUAAAUGUCUAAGACUGAAAAAAUAUUUCAUAGAAUGUUUCUCAAUUAUAUCAACGUUUCUGUUCCUAGCAUUAGUAAAGGGUCUCCAUAAAAGUUGUAAUACAAGAGCUGUUCCUAACAUUGGUUGAACUUCACAGCAAAUACAUCGAAUAUCCUUUGACAAUUGACAUCUUCAUACACAUCCAGAUUACAUAAAAUGCAUAAUGCUCCAGGAGUGAGUUCACUAUGUUUACUGAACUGAAGUAUUCACUAAUGCAAACGGUAUUAGGACGAGUAUCUACUUCUCUAACUUUAUGUCAACAUUUAUUACUGAAAAGUAUUGCUCUGGAGCUAACGAAAAACUUGUUCCUCUAUUUAAUAUGGCAAUGAAGUAAUAAAAGCACAACAGUCUCAUUUUUACAAUAACCUAAAUACCUAUGUCUAACCAAGAAGCAGGACUAUUCAUCUACCUGUAUAAAAACCUACAUAAGAAAUGUAUCAUUCAGUCAAUUUUCAAAUUUUGAUAUAACAGUCACUGAUUACGUUGGCCCGCGUCGCUACUCAUAUAGCACCAAACAUGUACAAUAAGACAUUAUGCUUGCUAUAAAAGUGCGCUUUAUAUUCAUUGAUUUGUGAUAAUAGUACCAAAAGAGACACAUAACACUAACAUGUAAACGGGCCACUUAUCACUCAAAUGAUUCGCUUUAGCGAAUGCAAAAAAUAUAAUAGGUAUAAAUUAGGUAACAAAUGAAAAUGAUAUAAAUAUAACAUAUGAACCCGUAUCAGAUGUGCGAUUCUUCGCAAGAGGUGGAAGGUACACAAAUUGCAAGCGAUUUCAUUUUUGGACACUUUUUGAGCAAACUCAAGGGCAUCGGAAAGUAUCGACUCUUUAAUAAUAGCUCGGAAGAAUUUACUUAAAACGCCAAAUCUUGAUCUAACAAUAAUCUUAGGACACUGAAAGUCCGCGAUCAGAUCUUAAAUAGGAAUCAAAUAAUAUUACUUAUUAUGACUCCAUAUCAUCAGUUUGUGGUUUGUAAACAAAGUUGCAGUUUGUGCAAUUUUACCCUCUACCUCAUGUUUCACAUGCAUUAUAUAAAAUUAGUAGAAUAAUACGUGUUGGAGAUUCUUAAUAUAGUCGUUGGAUCAAAAGACCAAAAACGCUACAUUUUAGACUUACUGUAAAUAAAUACAAAAAUCUGUUUUACCUGAGCGGGUAAAGAAAACUGACAGUUCGUUUUCAUUGUGUUAAAUAUUAAUUCGGUUGGGUUUGAGCCUGCAAUACAUAUUACUUUUCCUUAUAUGGCAAAUUUUAUAAACAGAAACUUGGUAUAGUUCUAGCAAUUAAAAACAAUGAACAAUGGUUUAAUAUCCAAAUCAAAAUAAUUGAAAAUAAGUAACUUAACGUAGGUAAAGGCUAUUCCAGGUUUCCGUUUCUUGUAAGAGAAUAAAUAUGUACAAAAUCAAUAUACUGUCAUAAUUUACAUGGUACCGAUACAAUCGAUUAUAAUUCUUUACUUUGGCUUUGUAAUAUAGCUCAAAGAAGCUAUUUUAUUUGCUUUCACGAUACAUAUUCUAUACAAUUCGCGAACAACCUUAUACAAUACACUGUUAUUUCACAGCCGGAACAUCAACACCGGCUCGAUGCUGACCGCCUAACGGAGAUUCGAUCCAGUGUAUACUACCUAUACUCCAGCUGUGGCAACAUACUGUAUAUUAAUUAGCUUUACAUAUAUUUAACUAGCUUAUACCAGGCACUGCACAUCUUCUGAAGCAGAUGGUUCAAACUAUACACGCAAAAUAAAAUCAGAAUCCUAACUGAAUGAAUGUAUCACUGCAAAUUAUUACAUAUAUACCCUAUCUCACGAGUACCCAUCAGGCUUUGACGUCUGCUGAGGUGAACAGCUGAUCAGCAAGUGACAUUUUUUGUGUUGAUCUGCAACGUUGGCGUUUAUGAAUCGGGUGUAAAUCUAGUAAAGCUUGUUUGUAGCGUUUUGUUUUUCGUAUGCAAAUGACCUUUUCUAAAUAAAAGAGCUUUUAGCAAGUACAAAAUGAAUCUGUAGCGUACAAAAAAACUAAAACAAAUUAUGGCUCUGUCUGAAAUAUUACUAGAUAAUUAGCUGUCAUUUUACCGUAAUGGAUACUCGUAAAAAAGACAGUAUAAUCUAUAUCAUGAGUAUCCAUCACGGUAGAAUGACAGCCAAUUAUCUAGUAAUAUCUCAAAAUUCCCCAUAUCGGUACAGGACACAUAAUUCUGACGGAUCCGUCAACGCCAGGAAGACAGAGCCGUAUUUUGUUCUGUUUUUUUGUACGCUACAGAUUCAUUUCGUACUUCCUAACAGCUCACAUUUGCAUACAAAAAACAAAACGCCACAAACAAGUUUUAGAUUUACUAGAUUUAUACCCGAUUCAUUAUUGCCAACGUUGCAGAUUAACACAAAAAUGUCAGUUGCUGAUCAGCUGUUCACCUCAAUAGACGUCAAAGCGUGAUUGAUACUCGUGAAAUAGGGUAUAUAUAACGUGAGAGUAAUUUUCAUAACCUUAAAUUUAAAAAAUCAAUAACAACACCGAUUUGAUCGACAUAAUCAUAAUACAUGAAACACCCCUGUUAAACGUUAUUUACAUACCCAAACGUACAUACUAUUUUUGGUCCCCUGUAGAUAAACUAAAUGCUAUGGUUAAGGAUCAACAAACAAAAAAAAAAUAUAGUCAAUGUGUAAUACUGUGCAACAAAUAAAAUGAAUUCUAUACCUCAUCAAAUGGUACGUAUCAGUCGCCAAGUACAAGUUAAUCGAAUAAAGGAAUUUGCCCAUUAUACCCCACUAGUAUUGGAUCCAACACGACUGGUAGUAGCGAUCAAACUGAAAUUCUUUACUAGGAUGCACCGAAUGUAACAUCUGUACAAAUGACUAGUUUUGUAUAUCGUUUUCAUGACGUAUAAGCCAUGUCUUGGAUGAAGAUCAAGAAGAAACUUUGGAAGCGUUUAAUCAACGGUUCAGCUUAACUAACACCAUCAAACUUGACAGCCAAGUGAAAUCUGCUGUGUUGCUGUCAAACUGACGUUAUCCCUUGGCUAUUGUUGAAAAAUUUUGAACAUUUUGAAUAUAGAUCAUAAAAAAGUUAUGAACUUAUUUUAAUGGAAAUAUUUAGUUAUUGUUGUAUUCAUGUACUGUUUGCAAAAACAAAUAGUUCACAAGGUUAAUAAUCACUUUAAAAUAAAGGAACCUCAAAAAAGUUACGAGGUCUUGUAAAGCAAGGUUUGAACUUUAAUUUAGAGUGUUCGUGACGUCAAAGUUAUAAUUUUUAACCGAGUUUUUUAACUCCAAAAUGGUCAGCUGUAGGGAAAAUUUAAAUGAAGCCCUUUUUCCUUGAAAUGAUGAAAAUAACCUAAAAAAAUGCUCGGGCAAAAAAAUUUUAAUUUAUUUAAAAAAAAGUUGAAAACAAAUUUGAUCUGGGUUACCGUGCGGGUAUAUUCAAUCCUUAAAAACUCUUUUAACAUUAUAAUUUUUAGAUCGCCAAGUAUAUAAAUUGAAGUUAAAACUUUGCUCUACACGACAAUGAAGACCAUUUUCAGGUUAUUUUUUUUAAAGUGCGUUAAACCUUGUUUUUCAGAACAAAAUUGAUGAAGUCGUUACUAUUAUUUAGAGAGGUUUUCGAUAAGGUUCUGCCUGUUGUUCGAAUUGGGAUUAAUGAUGUUUUUGAACCUUGAGGUCAUUUCUUGCCAAAUUUUAUAAGCUAUUGAGAAAUAUUUAUUGCCCUAUAUCAUAUACAGUUGGUCAAAGCCGCUUACUCAAGAUUUUUGAAUUUGGGUUUUGAGUGGCUUUGGAAUCGCCUGAAUAGAGAUAAGCAGAUCCUUAAUUUGGACUCAGCGACUCGAUUGCUCGAUUCAUUUUGAAUUUGGCUUGAACUGACUUCAGAUUGGACCAGCAAAACUUGAGUUACGCGUAGAGACAAACUAUGUAUGUAUUUUUUGUCAGCGUUUCAUUUUCUGGACAACUGUGCGACGUCUAGCAAAAUUACGCUAUAUUCAUGGCUGAAUAGUAUGAUGAUGCGGUGUAACGACAGUGUACAAAAAAACUAUACGGGGAGACGUGUGAAUUAAGUGGAAUUUAAAAGAAGAGUUACGUUUUGAGUUUCGAUAAUAAAACAGGUAUCAAAGAUGUAAAAAAAAUCAAGAUCCUCUCAUAUGUUCAAAUUCCUUUUUAUAAGAAAUAAAUUAAGAAUUCAAUGAUAUUUAUUAUAACCGUACAACUUGGCGACUGAUAGUAUCAAACCUAAAAGCAACUUAAGUUCCCCUCAAAAUAGCUGUACACACGUAGUUCAGGAAUUCUCUCAGCCUUAGGAAAGCUAUAGGACAUUAUAAAUCUAGCGACUAAAUAUACAUAUCACAUUCAGUUAAUACAAUUAACAAAUAACAUCGAACACUUAAUGGUAUUCUUGGUAAAACGACUUACAUAAUAUUAUACAUAAAUAUAAAAAAUAAAAACAGGAUAUGCUAUGGUUGCGACGGACAGAGUUCCAUAUUAUUGUUAUCUGGAAAAAAAUAAAACAUAAGAUUAAUGACUACAGUUGAUAUGUUGACAGUUUUAACAAACUAGAGAAAUACAAUCAAAUAGUACUUCUGAAGCAUUGAUAUAAAUCUAUUUAAAACUUUAGCUGCAUGAAUAUUUUUGACCCCCAAAAAAUGAUUUGAGAGCUAAGCACUAAAGUGAUGAGACAGUUGAAAAACGACAAAGUAUAAAUUUAGAUUUUUUUAAAUAAUUUUUAACCCUUAAAAAUUUCUGUCAACCAUCACUAAUGACUAGCACUCGGAAAACAUCGAAAAACGAAGCUAGAGGACGAUCGAAAUAUUUUUCUCGUAUUUAUUACUCGGUUACCUCCAGAGCAAUUUUAAAAACCACAGAGCUUCUUCAUGAGAGUAAUCGAGCGUAAACAUUCCAUUCAAAUCCAUAUAAUUUUUACAUUCUUCGCGCUUACUAUACUCGCCAACUAUCGAAUGUUUUGUUGAACAAUUAUAACAUCUGACCACUUGUCAUAUUCUGAGAGAAUAUGAAAAAAUACUAAUUAAUUGCGCUUUUCAAACGAUGCAGGACCCUAAAAGGGCAGAAAAUAAUGAGCCCUUUUGAUGCCAUUUGUAGUGAUGGCAGAUGUUUCACAAACUGUGAUUUAGUAACCGUAAGCCUUAUAGGCUUUGAUAGUUGGCCCCAUGAAAUUUUUUUGCGGUAUUUUGCUCGGGAUAUCAGUAUACCCAUAAUCUUAUCGUUUUUUGAAAGACACUGAUAUCAGAAAGUAACAUUGCCAGAUAUCAGAGAUAUUCAAAAAUACCGAUAUCGGUCAUCUCUAGUCCUUUGGUUGCUUGACCAAAGAGUUUAUACAAUAUAGGUAUGAUGAUAGCACAUUGAAAGCUCACGAGACAGCAAUGUGACAUUGCAGUGAUUACAAAAAGUCGCGCAAGGUUGCGGAUUUUGCCUUUAAUUAGAUUGGGUGGAAUAUGUUUAGUCAGUAUUGAUUGAAAUUAAGCAUGAGUACGGUGGCUUCGCCAACCACGUAUGGUUACCGGUAUACAGGGUGUCCCAGAAGUCGACGUCUAGCCCGAAACGAGGGUAGGUCAAGUCUGACUCAGUCUAAGAAAAAAAAAAUAAAAUUUGUAGUAAUGGGAACUAAAAACCAUCACAGGGUGCAGACUUUUACGAUUUUUUAAAGCCUAUAAUGUGAAAAGUACACGUCUUAGAUAUAUUUUAUAUUUUUUGACGUCACCUUCUGGGACACGCUGUAUACCUGUCGACCACCUGGAAAGUUGAUGCCAUGUUUAACAAUAAACAUUUUUUUUUUGAAGAAAAAUGAAUGUUUUUAUUAUUUCUAAAGGAAUUUACUGCGAUCCUAUUUGGCAACAUGGCUGUGACGACGGAA